GGGAAAGUCUGGUUGGCAAGGGAGACAGAGGAGAGCUUUGUGUUCAGUGCUUCCUCUGACACAGCUCAGCCUGUUCCCUAUCUCCCAGUUCCACUUCUGAAUGUGCAGGAACAUGCAGUGGCUCCUUUUCCCCACCAUCUUCAUCAUCCCGUGUACACAACAGUUUUUCCACAGCCCCCCAGCGAAGCCUCGAGAAAAACCUUCAGAAACCAGUGAAGUUCGCGAACGCAAGGAGCUUUGUCACUGGCCAUGCAGAUGCCCACCUGUGCCAACCUGCACCCCUGGGGUAAGCUUGGUGAAGGAUGGUUGUGGCUGCUGUAAGGUCUGUGCCAAGCAGGCAGGAGAGACCUGCAAUGAAGCAGACAUCUGUGAUCCCCACAAAGGCCUCUACUGCGACUACUCGGAAGACGAGCCUAGGUAUGAAACAGGCGUGUGUGCAUAUCUGAUAGCUGUAGGAUGUGAGCUCAAUGGAGUUUAUUAUCUUAACGGGCAGACCUUCCAACCUAACCCACUUUAUAAAUGCCUGUGUGUCAAUGGUGCAAUUGGAUGUACACCUGUAUUCACACCGAAACUAGCAGCAAGUCCCUGCACCAGGGUCACAGACAGAAAGAAGCCUGGACAACUCAUCUGUGGUCUGAGACAGCACAAGCAGCUUCAAUCAACAAACUACAGACUGAUGUCAGCUUACAGAAGCUUACCGGUAGUUUUGAAGAAGAAGUGCCUGGUACAGGCGACACCCUGGACACCCUGUUCCAGGACCUGCGGCAUUGGCAUAUCCAGCAGAGUGACCAACGACAACACAAAAUGUGAAAUGAAAAAAGAAAAGAGAUUAUGCUUCAUCCAGCCUUGCCUGACCAAUAUACUGAAGACAAUAAAGAUUCCUAAAGGGAAAACAUGUCAACCAACAUUUCAGCUUCCUGCAGCAGAAAAAAUAGUUUUUUCCGGAUGCUCAACUACUCAAAGCUACAAACUAACUUUCUGUGGGGCGUGCUUGGACAAGAGGUGCUGCAUACCGAAUAAGUCCAAAAUGAUCACUGUACAAUUUGAGUGUCCCAGUGAAGGCUUCUUCAAGUGGAGGAUGCUGUGGAUAACAUCGUGUGUAUGUCAGAGGAGUUGCAGCGCUCCAGGAGAUGUGUUUUCCGAACUCACGGUUUUAUGA